UUUUAUCUUUUUAUAAACAAAACGAAGUCAAGAUUAGGUGAACCACACUUCGAGUUCCCAAAACAAAUCCACCACUAACUACUGUUUUUUUUUUUCGCUGUAGAAUUCUUGUUUGUUUCCUUCUUAAACUCACAACUUCAUUUUUCUCUCACCAUUUCCACACACACACACACACACACAACCGAAACACUAGAGGACACACUUUCUUCUCUGUGUCCGUAUUUUCCUUGUUGGAAUAUAACCCACCAAGCGUCACUUUCACUUGCAGAACAACCAUGGUGUCUUCAAACUAACCACAUUAUAAUUCAAUUUCUUUAAUUUCACCACAUGGGCUCUUCCAAGAUUCUCUCUUUUUUUUUUUUUUUGAAUCAACAAACAAAAUGGGUUCUUUAAAUCUUCAGUCUUGAACGCUUUUUUUUUUUUUCACAAUUUGCAUCUGUUUCUGGUGGGGUUCUUCCAAAAAAUGGCAGCUUUAGAAAUGUCCCACAUAGAUUUGGAAUGCGGCUGCCGGAGUUCUAUGGGCGGCGGCAGCUCCACGGCCGAAGAGGAGGAGGAGGAGGAGAGUGUUUGCUUCUCCGACGCUGAUGACGGGUCCUGCAAUUCCCAGUUCUAUUCCACCGUCGACGGCGACGGAUCUUACGACGACUACGGCUUCGCCUGCGGCGGCUCCGAGAUUCUGGAGGAAUCUAGGAGAGCAUCUUCUGCAGCUGAUCCUUCUGACUAUGUGCUUGAUUUAGAAAAUGGUGAUGCUAAUAAUAAUACUAAGGCCUGCUUGGCUAAUUUUGACAGAGAUUGUAGAAUUUGUCAUUUGAGUUUGGUUAGUAGUAGCCCGGGUUCCGGUAUCGCCAUCGAAUUGGGUUGUUCUUGUAAAGAUGACUUAGCUGCUGCUCACAAACAUUGUGCCGAAACUUGGUUCAAAAUCAAAGGAAACAAGACUUGCGAAAUUUGCAACUCGGUUGCGCGUAAUGUUGUGGGGCCCAAUGAUAUCGAGGCUGUACAGCAAGGGGGUGAGAGUGGUAGUGCUACUGUGGGGGCAGGCACACCCUCAGCUCCUGCACCCUCGGCCACAGAAACUCGGACGUGCUUAAACGGUCAUCGGUUUUUAAAUUUUCUUCUGGCUUGUAUGGUUUUUGCGUUUGUCAUAUCUUGGCUUUUCCACUUCAAUAUCCCAUCAUAAGCAUUUCUCUCGUACGAUUCAUUCCUCGUAGAAAGAAGAUGAUGGAAAAAAUUGUAAAAAAAAAAAUUGAUGCCGGAUUUGCAUUGCAUUGCAAAUAUAAUUCGAUAAGUACUUGUAUAAGUAUUCGUAGGCUUGCAUCCUAUGUUUCUCCAUUUGAUUAUUACAAGUUA